UGCUUGUUCACAGAGCUCGACUCGCAGGGGGUGGCGUUGGUGUCGAGACAUUCGCUGACAUACGAGGAACCAGGCCGAUCCUCCAUCUUAUCUGAAGCCCAUCCGGUAAGAACAGAGAACUCUCAUUUCUUUGAAGUCCGGUGGUGGGGUUGGUUGGCACGAUGGCCCUCGGAUCUUUUGGAGACAUGAACGUGUGCUACAUCCUGGAUGGGAUUCUCAUCCUGUACGGCAUCGUUCUCACCGUCCUCUACUGCAGACUGAGGAUGACCCCAUCUUCCAGUCAAACCGAGAAGCAGCCCGCUGAUGGAGGAAUCUAUGCGGGUCUGUCUGCUCGCAGCAACGACACCUACGAGACCAUCGGGAAGGACAAGAAGCCCAUCAUGUAGCCGGAGACGCUGAACACGAAACCACGCUGCUGUACCUACUGAAGCUUUAUACACGACUGUAAAUGACCCAGCUCGGAGCCUGAGCUUAUUGUCUCGUUGAAUUCUCCUUUCCUUUGUGAAAACUAUCUCCUCCGUUCUGUGACGUUGUGUCACGCCAUGAAUAAAAUGCUGUAAAUUAAUUUAACACUUUGUCGGUGAGACUUCACUGUGUAGCUCUGUACGUGUCACUCUUCUUCUUUUUUUAAUAGAAGUGUAGUCUUUUGUUUCAGUUCUUGGAUUGUCUUUUUUAUCUGAAGAAGACAAUGUUUUUGUUGUCGUUGUCUGGUGAGAAAACAAUGAAGUACAGUAAAGUAUAUAUUUUUUUGUACUAGUGGCUGCAGGUCCGACAAUGCAUUUCACUGUGCGUUGCACUACGCUGCCGCCCAAUUAUAAACAAGGUCGAAGAAGCGAGACCACAUCACUCCCAUUCUUGCAUCAUUACAUUGGCUCCUCGUUCUUUUUAGGACACACUUCAAAAUUCUUCUGCUUGUUUAUAAAUCCCUCUGUGGAGGAGAGAGAGUUCUGACUCUGUUGAGGCUUUUAAGAAGCACCUCAAGACUCAUUUUUAUUUCCUGGCUUUAAAUGGAAUUUAAUUGUUUUAUCUCCUCAUCUUGUCACCCUGGGUGUUAAUAGUUUUUUUUUUAAUUUGUUGAGACAGUGAUGUGUGACAGUGUUGAUCGGAAAUUGCAUGUUGAUAUGACAUGUUGAUUGUGAAGCACUUUGCUGCAAAUGCUCUUUGCUUUUUUGAGGUACUAUGUAAAUGAAAUAAACUAUAUAUAACUGUG